CUCAUACAGCCUGUGUGUGCGAGAGAUGUGCUAAUACAUCUUUACAGGGAACCAGCUUUAGCACGACACCGGGCUCAGGCAGCAGACGUGGAAGUGGAAGUGGAAGUCCCUGUGUAUUUUUUUAAUUUUUUUUUGGUGAAGCACAGAGAAAAGGAAGGAAAGACAGCUGGACGUGGAUUUUGGAAGGGAAAGGAGGGGAGCUUUCUAUACUCCAAUCAGGGGCACCAUGGUGCAGCAGCAACACGCAGAGCCCCCCAUAGCCCUCCCUGCUGUAUGAGAGAGAGGGGGUCUUACGGACAGCCUCCCAGAAGUUACAGUGAAGGGGGGGGGGAGGAAGGGAAGGAAAGGAGAGAAAGCCCUGACCCAAGCUGAAGCAAACCGAGACAAAUCAAGUGGAAGGAAGAAAGAGAGCCACCGUGCAGCCCCCCGAGAAAUAAAGGGGAGGGGGGGAACCCUGCACCCAGAAGACGACCAUUGAUGGCUCCUAUGUAUUGCGCAUUCCUGCCCAGUGCCCCAGCCAACUCCAAGGAACAGACAGCUGAUUCAUGGAUCCUGUGUCCGGCAGCCCAGCUCAGAAUGGAGACUUUGGUGUGAACGAGCUGGGGAUUGGAAGGUAUUUACUGUGAUCCAGGUGGGACUGAGCACAAGUGGAAGGUCCUUACUGUGAUCCAGGUGGGACUGAGUGGAAGCUCCAUAUUAGGAUCCAGGUGGGACUUACAGCUCUUGGAAGGUCCAUACUGUGAAACAGGUGGGACUCACCACUAGUGAAAGGUCCAUACUUUGAACCAAGAGGGGCUUGGGGCUGUUGGAAGGUCCUUACUGUGAUCCAGGUGGGACUCAGUGGUAUUGGAUGGUCCUAACUGUGAACCAAAAGGGGGGCUUGGGGCUGUUGAAACAUCCUUACUGUGAACCAGAGGGGGCUCGGGGCUGUUGGAAGGUCUUUAUUGUAAACCAGAGGGGGCUUGGGGCUCUUGGAAGGUGCUCACUUUAAAGCAGGUGGGACUCAGCACUCCUGGAAGGUCCUUUUUCUGAACCAGGUUGGACUCAGCACUCCUGGAAGGUCCUUGUUGUGAACCAGCGGUUGCCCGGCUAUCAGGGGGUCUCUUAGUCACUGCCACCCUGAUGCAUUGCUGUGCUGUGAGGGAUUCACUGGAUUACUUUCUGGCUAUUUACUGAGUUGGGAAGAGACAUGCAGUUCUUGAAAGCUUUAUGGGCAUUAGUAGGAGCGGCGAUCUGCUGUUUUCUUAUAUUUGUUAUCCACUCCCAGUUCCUUAAAGAAGGUCAACUGGCUGCAGGUACGUGUGAAGUUGUUACAUACGACAGAGAUAGCAGUCAGCCACGAAGGACUAUAGCCCGACAAACAGCUCGCUGUGCGUGUAAAAAAGGACAGAUUGCUGGGACGACAAGAGCAAGGCCAGCCUGCGUAGACGCACGUAUUAUAAAAACAAAACAGUGGUGUGAAAUGCUUCCAUGUUUAGAAGGAGAAGGCUGUGAUUUACUAACAAAUAAAGCAGGUUGGACCUGUACGCAGCCGGGUGGGCGAAUAAAGACAACCACGGCUAUAUCUACAGACCCAGUAUUAGGACGGGAUAGCAGCACUUUCAUAUCACUUUGAGUUUACAUUCACUUGUGUGUUGUUCUGGCAUUUCCUAUUGGCAGGUCUCCUGACAAAUGCAACAACGGAGCCCCGCAGAAGCAGUUCAAACUUGUGAGAACUACAUACUUUAGACAAUUUCACUGCUGUGGAUCAUCAUCCUAUGUGUCACUUACUCCAUCUGUUUCUCCAUAUCUCAUAAAAGACAGCAUUGUUUCUCAACCUUAUGAGCUAAACUCUGUCCUUCCAUGUAAAGGAUCAUUGGAGAUAGGAAUAUUGUAUGUUGUUAUGAGAUAUGCUUGAGCAUUAGCAAUACAGUUACAUGGUUAACAUUUCAUCUACAGUACUUUAUACGCCAGUGAGAGACUUGAUGUUACCGACUUGUCUGAAUUUCAAUAUUCUAUCAAUCUGAAGAGUAUUCUCCCCAAUCAGCCUUAGAGAGAAGACUGUUUUGUCUACACGAGGACUAAGGUGCAAACACGACUCAAUUCUUGUGCCCUGGACUGUCUGAAUUGCUUUUAUUUUCUUAUAUGUUGGAAUAUAAAUGAAAUAGACCAAAGAGCAAAAUUAUGUUAUCAUGGACGCAGACCUAUUAUCAGAAACCGUUGGGGUUAAAUACAAAAGGCUUAACAUGAAUGCUUACUUAUGACUUAAGAAAAAACAAACAAACAUGUUUAUGGGAUUUACAAAGCUAGAGGUUUACUCUCCAAUGGACAUCUUUAUGGACAACUGCAGCAAUGUGGACACAGGAAAUAGUUCUUCAAAAAUACAUUUAUGGAACCUAACAGAGUAUGGAAAAAAAAGAGCGGCCUAUGUUAAGAAGAAGAAAAAGAAAAAAGAGCAUAGAACACAACACAGACACUGUCUUAAUGAUAUCUUUACUCCUCUGUACUUAGAAUGACAUUCCCAUACUAAAAUCCAUUUUCUGUUUUAACCAGUAAAAUAGGCCUCUUCUACAAUUCCAUUUUGAUAGUUGAAACUGGAUAAACCGAUAUUUGCAAAAGAGCAUGUUUGGUCAUCUGUGACCUCAUUCAAUACACCAUUUAGCACCAGAAAACAAAUUAAAGAAAAAAAAAAAGUAACACUUGUUUGAAAGAGAUCAUUAAAUGUAUUUUGAAAAGCCUAAAAAUUAUAUAUUUAACAGUUUUUAUAUGUUGUAUAUUUGUAGAAAAUCCUAUUUAACAAUUAACGUGGUAACUCUGCAAUUCAAAUGUCAGAGUUCUAUUGUGUUUAUUACUUCAGUUGCCUCUGAAUACACCGGUGUAGUUUGCUUUCUUCCAUUGAGACAUUUUGGAUGUAAAGCAUGAUCAGAGAGAGCUGUGUAGAAACAAAGAAUAAUGUUUAUAUAAUAUAAAUGCAUUCAACCAUUGCGCUGUUGGAAGGCAGUUUCUUUUUUUUCUUUUUUUUUUUGUCUUUGAGUACUGGUAAAACUAGUGUAAAUCGUUUCCAUAUAGCUUUUUCAUUUUGUGUUCCUUUUAGCUCUCCUUAUGAAUGCACAUAUUAUACAAUAUAUGGGGAUAUAUAUGACAGGUACACCUGGUCCCAUAAUUUACGUAAGAGCUCCAUAAUGUUUCUAAAGAGUACAAGAUACAUUUUGUUUUCUUUCGAGGCUUGUCGAUCUCAGUUGGAAUGUUCUGUUGAUAGAGAGUGCAUCUUUAUUAUUAUGAUAAUAACAGGACUACCCGUACCUAAAUAGAUAUCACCUGUACUUUGUAUGAAAUUUACCUCAUCUUUAGAAAUCUAUUUUUUAUAUUCUUCAGUUUCAUGAAGUGGGCAGUUAAAUUAAAGCUGGUUAUGUGAAAUUUAAGGCAUAUGAUAUGAAACAUAAACCAUUAUUGUACUUUUCAAACAUUACCAGUAAGGUACAAAUUGGUGUACUGUCUUCCGGGCAGAUAUUUUUUAUUCCUUUUUUUUUUUUUUUAAACUACCUAAUACUGUCAUCAACAAUUACUUUUAACCCUUUUUAAUUAUUUAGCAUGUUCUUAGACCUUAAUUACUAAUCUAGACAUGACAUCGAACCACAAAUUUACAACACAGAGGACAAUUUAUUUGAAGCCCUAUCUGAGGAAGCAAACAAUAUUAGACAGUUACACAUUUUUAAACAAGACUAUUGAAUAGCUUUGAAUGAAUUGUAGGUUUCAAGUAAUAUAUCUUUUAGGGCUGCUGUUACAAUUGUUUAAGUUAUCAUGACAUUAAAUAUAUUUUUUCAUAAUUUCUUUUUUGUUCCUUUGCGUACGACAAAUACUGGUGCAACAUUUAGCGCAAGUGUUUUUGACAGACUCCAUUUGAAAUGAUCACUUUCAUUAGAUAAAAUAACAUGCAAAAAUGGUGUUAAAUACAUAUGGGUAUGAAAAUCAUCUAAUGCUAACAAUGUUUUUGGUGCAUUGUUUUAACCCCUUCACCUCCAAGAUUUAGAACAUACAUAUUUUUAUUUUCUUAUAGUAGUGUUAAUAUUUUCAUUAAAAUUAACUUCAGCAUUUUGAAAUGAUUGUUACA